AUGUCGUUGCCAAGGGGGUUCAAGUUUUUUUCUGUCACGGCUGGGAUGGCGACCGGGCUCAUCGCUAUACCACUAGCUGUAUCAAUCUCUAACUGCAAGCCAUACUUUAUGUUUGCUUGGGACCCAUUCAUCACAAAAUGGAACCAGUUCUGGCGAUUACCACUAUUGCAGCUUCAGUUUCAGAACCAGUCUGAAGUGACAAUUGCCGUGGUGAUUACAAUAUUGAAGUUGAAGGGAUUGGAAAGAGUCUAUGGAAGUUUAAAAAUGAUAAAGAUUCUCAUUCUACUUUAUUUUUACAACUUUGUGUUGACAACAAUAGUCUCCUUUUCUCUAUACCGAAGUAUUGGGUGGGAUCUUUUCAUUCCAUCUGGUCCUUUUGGAAUAAUAUUUGGGCUAUACUAUCCCUAUAUGAAAUACAUACCAGAUGUAUAUGUUGCUGAGUUUGAUUUCGGAGAUCUCGCUAGCUCUGGACCGUCUGGAAAGUCACUCAGCAUUUCCAUAAGUGACAGGUUCAGUUGCCAGAUACUCUAUCUGAUGUUGUUCUUCAGUGAGGGAGUACCUUCGAUGGUACUAUGUACAAUCGGCUAUUUCAUCGGUUACCUAUAUUUUCAUGACUUGGUACCUAUAACGGACUCUGCGUUGGGCUAUCUCGAUCCAUUGUACUACAAGCUAACUAAUAUAAAGGAGUACGAGUCUUCCGUUGGGGCCGCCAGAUUCAAUUCUGUACAGAAUUCUAGUACCAACGACACGGCUGAGAAUGAAUCACAGGCUAUCGACUUAGCCGACGAAGAUGCAAAUGGUACCAGCAGGGAGGAUACUCCUGUGCGGACCUUUGGGCAGCAGAUGCUAGAUUCUUUCAGAAGAUGA